GAUGAGGAUUCAUCUAUUGAGAAACUAACAUUCGAGCCACACAUUGCUAAAUUGCUAUUACCAUAUAGAAGAGUUCUCGAAGAAAUGCGAAAUCAUCAUAUAGAAGAAGAAUUGCAACGCGCUCAAAAUUUAUCUCUUAUGCUCAAAUGGUCUGUUGUGGAUUAUUCUCUGUUUAAGGGACCCAAAUUCUGUCCAAAUUUAUCCAGACCAGCUGUUAAUAUGAAUUUAUUGAAAUCUGUUCUUAUGGAAACUCAAAAUAGGAAUCUUCGACAUGCAGUUAUAAUUGUAUAUAAUUUAAUUACUAAAGAGAUUGUAGAUAAUGUAAACUCUAACAUACGACAAUGGCUAGCAAGAUUAUUUGGAGUUCAUAAGAAUGAACACUGCAUCAUCGAUUCAGAAAAUCACAUAAAAUCACAAAUGUGGGCAAAAAUAUUUUCUGACACAUUUCUUAUUAGUUCAGAAGAGAUUGGUGUGAAUUGGAAAUACCAUCAUAAAAUUCCAGGAAAUGGUGGAUGUGGAUCAUCAAGAUCUGAUUUUGCCGCUGUUAUCUUUAAUGGUGCUAAUCAACAAUUUCCAUUUUUUAUAACUGAAUUUGAGAAUGAUGGGUUUGCAGUACACAAGGAUGCAGUAGCGGUGGUAGCAGAAACGGCUUUUGAAUACAAUCGAAUGCUUGCAGUUGCAUAUUAUCUAUCAGAGGAUGAGAUGAAUGCGAAUUGUUUGCAUAUCGGCUUGGUUAAUGGGACAACCAUUUAUUUGAGUUCGAUGAAGGUAGUCUAUGAUGAAACAAAAAGUGCUUUGAUUUAUACUUAUGAGAAUAAUGGUGUUACUUUCAAACUUCAUACUGAAGAUCAACAAGCCGAUAUUGUAAGUGUUCUGAAGUUAGUGACGUACCUGAGAACAAAUGUAUAUCAUAAUGGAGUGACACUUAAUAUACUGCUUAAUAGGACAACAGACACACGAAAUGGAGCAUUGUUAGCAUCUUUACCCCGUCUGCCUAGAAAAGCUGUCAAGUCACGUUUGAGUGAAAUAGAAUUCACUCCUUCAGCAAAGAGGGUUAAAUAUAUUGAUAUUGGAUUAAAUAUAGAGAUACAGAAUGUUUAG